AUGGAUCCCCGUGUCUCUACUGCUUCAGGCCCGAAGGCCAAACGGUGGUCCAAGAACCCUGGAUCGUCGCAUCUGCUGCGAAAUGUCAGGACUCUCAGUGCGGAGCGCCUCGCUGUGGAAGCCCCAGAAGAGGAGGGUCGGCCGCAAACAUGCCCCGCGCCGACGUUAACGCCUCACCUGCACUGGAACCUGAACAACUCAGCUCUCAAUAUGCUGCCAAAGAACCAAGUCGAAGAGCUGUACGGGUUGUUCAUGUUCUACGACUCGUCCACGAUUGGAGACGCGCUGCCUUCGAUCAACUGUACGCGGUUCAUGGAGCUCCUGCGCGACGCCGGACUGCUCAGCAACAAUGAUGUUAUCCCUAGUUCCAGCUCGGUUGUGCCACCGACGGAAGGACUUCGGGUUGAGAGUGUCGAGAGGAUCUUCGCACAGGCUGUCAUGGGCAAAAUGCGCGUCUACUUGGACGCAGACGACCAGCCAGCGCUGACGUUCUCGCUCUUCUGCGGCGCCAUCAUGAAUUGCGCGAUGCUGCUGGUUCCGUCGGAGCAUCCCACCGACGCGUUACGCCAGACUCUUCCGAGGCUUCUCGCCUGCUCGAUUGGCACCGAGCAUCACGCUUCAGCGGCGAAGAAGGGCUUGAUCGGACACCUCCCCACGGGUGGCACGCUUUCGUGUUGGAUACCCGAGCAAUCACAUGCUCCGCUCCCUCAGCCAGAAGACGGUCAACAAGACUUCCGAGACCUGCCGUCUUUCCAACAAGUCAUCGCCGACUGUGAGAGCGACAUGGCGCUCGAGGAGCUCAGGCAGGAGAGAGUGGCAAAGCUCUACCAUAUCCCUGAUCGCCUGCUUGCGAGCUUCGAGCACGACACGAUCGCACUCAUUUCGGACAAGUUCCGUCUGUAUGAUGUCUCUGAACGCGGAGUGCUGCCACGCCACGAGAUAUUCGCGCUGCUCUCGGGUCUGGGCAAACGCGUAGACCUUCCUGAUCCGUACUCGGUGCUCCCGAGGCUCUUUGCUUCUAAUAACCCGAUGAGUGGUGGAGGCACCGGCGGUGGAAUUAGCAGCGAGAGUGAGAUGACAUUAGCGGAGCUGCUCCUAGCCAUUGAGGUGACUCGAGAGGCCAAGCGACAUUCCUCCGCAGCACGCCUUGCCUCGAUGAAGAUCCGACUGACCCGAGCAGCUACGACAGCCAGACACAGCCUCUCCUUCGAACCAAACGCAGACGAUGACAACCAAAGUUUACUGGAACUGAACGAUGUUCCAGUGCAAGACAAAAGCGCCAGCACGGAAGGCUCCAAAGGUGCCAAAGAGCGUGGAAGGAGACGGGGUGUAUUGAAGCCACGCAAGUCAACGCUAAGCCAAGCCUCCGAUUCAGACGGUCCGAUCCGUAUGACGAAGUCGCGCGGCUCCAAGGCGCACCUCGUUCACCACCCGUCCACUGCUAACAGGAGAAAAGCCGUCUUGCCCUGGAGGACGUCGUCGAUCAACAGCAACAAAGCUGAAGCCAUGACGUCCGUGGCAGCAGAGUUGAUUAACCAGGAAGAGCCGACAUCCCGGAGGCAAUCCGCGCUGUUAGCCACAGCCAGAGAGAAAGAGCCCACAGUUGUGGAGGCGGACUCCUUGGACACUAACAUUCCCAACAGUAAUGACACCGUGAGCGCUCUUCACCAGGUUUCCGACGCAGACCAUGAGCCAGAGUUGCUAUGCCCACCGAUUAUGACGAUUGAAGUGUGUGAACCCCCAAGUGCAAGCAACAGGAAGACGAUCCGUAUCUUCUUGCUGCUCGGUGGUGACCACGAUGGAGCCAUUUGCUGCACCAUCUCCCUCGUGUUUGCGACCAAAGAAAUCACCGAAAGCGAGGGGAUAUUCUACGCGACAGCACCAAACGAGACGACACGAACGAAGCCCGUGUUGCCGACUCAAAAGACUUUGGCCACCGCGCUACGUAUGCUGAAGAAGUGCGUGAUAACCAGAAUGGAGCGCGGUUUCGAGCAGCGUCCUGCUGGCCAACUCAUUGUCGUGGAUAAAAUGCUGCAAGAUCUGAACGAACGACAACCGCACUACAGCACCCCCGUUAUCAAGACGUCGCGGGAUACUGCAUUCCACUGGAAUUUGAACAAUUCAGCGCUCAAGACACUGACGCAAAACCAGGUUAACCAGCUCUACGGGUUGUUCAAGUUCUACGACUCCUCCGCAGUUGGAGACGACCUGCCCUCAAUUAACUGCGCCCGACUCCUCCGUGAUGCCGUCAACUAG